AUGAGCGCAAGUGCAGCGGUGGACCCCAAACCGCCUCGACAACCAAAGUUCCCGACGCACAAUUCACCACGCGUGUGGUUCCUGACCAGCGCCAAUUCCCCCGUCGGCAUCUCGUUGGCGCGCCAUCUCCUCGACCAUGGAGACUACAUCGUCGCCGGCGUGCCUCCGCUAGAGUUUGAGAAGAAUGGCGAGCAGUCAACACACUUUCGCGACUUUCUCGACGAGGUCAAAGAGCAGGAAACAUGGUCAGGCCGCCUGAGGGUCGUGGGGGUUGAUGUGCGCAUCAUGGGCCAGUGCCAGAGCGCCAUUGCAGAGGCCGUCCACAGCUUCGGUCGCAUCGACAUUCUGUUCUGCUGCACCUCCGAGACGCUGGUUGGCACCGUCGAGGAACUGUCCCAGACAACUCGCACCCACUCGCUCAUCCGCGACCAGUUCGAGACAAACUUCUUUGGCCCCGUCAAUGUCAUCAAGUCUAUCCUGCCCACCUUCCGCACAAAGAGGAACGGCCACAUCGUUAUGCUGUCCAACCUCUCUGGCCACAUGGGUACCCCGGGCAUGUCCGUCUACUGCGCCAGUCAAUGGGCUAUCGAGGGCUACUGCGACAGUCUUGCUUACGAGGUCGCGCCUUUCAACAUCAAGAUGACCAUCAUACAACCCAACAUGGAAAUUGCUGUCUUGACCAAUCGUAUAACUGCUGCUCCUUCAAUGUCUGCCUAUGCUGCUGACCACAACCCUGCUCCACUGUUCCGCGAUAUCCUGGCAGGCAUGCUCGACCGCCUCGAAGGUUCAGAUGAGCCCACCACUGGCGACCAGCUUCAGUCUGACACUAUCAACACCAUAUACGCUCCCUUGACCAAAGGUAUGAAGGAGUCACUGGUAGCUGAAACGGUUCAUGCGGUUGCCGCAAUCGGAGGCCAUGACAACCCACCUGCUCGGCACAUUGUCGGUCUCGAAGGCACUGCUACCGUCAAGGAGAAGCUCAAGACCGUCAGCGAAGAGCUAGAAGACUUUGUUGCUAGCAGCGCCGCUGUCGACAUUGUCAAGCAUGAAGAUCCCAACCUGCAGCAGAACCACCACACCUGA